CUGGCAGGGGAGAUACCAUGAUCAAGAAGGUGGUUCACCUUGUGGUUUCACCUAGCCUAGCCUUUUUCCCAGCAUGGCUCCAACACCUGCCGUGACUGGUUCCAGAAGGAAUGCAGUUCGCUUUGAACUAAAAGGAAACUUGGAAAUGGAUCGACUACAAUUCAGCAGACUGAUCAUACAGAAAGAACUUGGAUUUUCACCGAUGCAGAUUGAUUACAUCUUUGGCCUCCUGGGUAAAAAGACUUUUGAAGUGAUCUUUGCUACAAAUACUAGCUGUGAAACAUGUCUUCGAACUUUUAAGAGACUGAAAGAGUCCAGACCUCAUUUGAGAAAUAUUGAGAUGGUUUCCCUAUCGGAAAGUGAACCUAAAUCAGUUACUGUCAUAAUGUACUCGGAACAAGUUAAAAUGGAAGAUGUUAAGACGUGGCUGCCUUUCAAAUGCGCUGUUAUAAGGGGAGUGGAGUUAAAAGACGAAGAUGGCAUUCGGAAUGGAGCAAGACGCUUCUUUGUUCAAUUGAGGAGGGAUGGAAAAACUGGAGAAAUCACACACCUGCCACCAAUAAUACAAUUGGGAGCUAUUAGGGGCCAUGUCUUCUACCCAGGACAACCAAAGACCUGCCGGAAGUGCGACUCUCAAGAUCAUCUUUCUGCAGACUGUCAGGUUUUGCAAUGUAAAAAUUGUAAAAGCAAUGAGCACUUAACCAGACAAUGCCCCCACCCGAUGAAGUGCAAUCUCUGUGGAAAAGAGGACCACACGUUCAGAACUUGUCCACAAUCCUAUGCUAAUAGAGUUAAAACAUCCACACUCCAGCAGCUAAGAGAGGGCCCCAACGUAGAUAAACAGGUGACUGAAAGUACAAUGGACUUAGGUGAUAAUCAAGUCAAUGGCCAACAGCUGGGAGCAGCUGACGAGCGACAGCUAGUGGAAUCGAGUGGAGAGAACGACUGGUACCAGUCAUCGCCCUCCCCUGCCCAAGGAGAGGCCCCUAUGGAUGGGAAAGAGGAGCUACAGGCUGGGGAGCAUACUGCAAGCAGAACAGACCAGAGCAAGUGCUUGGAAAAACCCCCUGAGGAGAAUCUUCCUCUGGAAAUCUCAGUAGGAGCUCAGUCUAGAAGCAAGGAAGAAGAGGAGGGAGCUCCUUUACUACAUGGACACGCUACUGCACCUGUUGUAACAACAAAAGACUGUGGUGACAUGCUAGACCUCAUAUUAUCUGACCUUCUACCAACUCAGUCUGAACAAGGUCCAGACGAGACUUCGCAAGGGAGGACUGCUCCACUCUUUUUGGAGAAGCCUCCACCCCCAGAUCCUCCGGGGAGGACGACAGAAAAAGGAAGUUGGCCAGCUGUUUCGCAGAACCCCACACCCUUCCUGGAGGAGCAAGGUCUGGCAACCUUCUCUGGAGUCACCCAGAUAAUGAAGGUAGAAGAUGAAAAAGACACGGCCAGAGACUUAUCUGAGACUUGGAAAACACAAAAAAAGAAAAAAAGUGAUAUACAGAAAGCAUCUGCAGGGUCUUUAGCCUCCAUCUUCUCCUCCAUGGCCUUGUGCCCCACAGAGCUGGUGAAAUGUCGCCUGCAGGCCAUGCAUGAAAUGGAGGCAGCGGGCAAGGUAGCAAAAGGACAGAGAAGCACUGUCUGGUCUGUGGUUAAGACUGUGCUAAGGACAAAUGGUCCUUUGGGAUUCUACCAGGGACUAACCUCAACCAUUGUGAGGGAGAUACCAGGUUACUUCUGCUUCUUUGGUGCCUAUGAACUGUGUCGAACAACCUUUGCACACCAUAUGGACACGGACAAAGACGGUAUAGGCAUUCUUCCACUUAUGUUCAGCGGUGGAUUUGGAGGAGCUUGUCUUUGGCUGGUGGUCUAUCCAAUAGACUGUGUGAAGUCUAGGAUUCAGGUCUACUCUUUAGCUGGGAGGCAGGAGGGUUUCAUGAAGACCUUCUUGGGUAUUAUACGUACUGAGGGGUUCACUGCUCUAUACUCUGGUUUGACUCCUACCAUGAUACGCACCUUCCCUGCCAACGGAGCGCUCUUCCUAGCUUAUGAGUUCAGCCGCAAGUUUAUGAUGGAGACAGUGGGUGCCUGAUGGGCAGGAUCGCCCUACUUAAAACAGCUGUUCUGAUGAAACACUGCCUCAUGUAUUUUGUGCAAAUGAUUAAUAAAGUUUCCAGUACUUUUUAAAGUAUCUUAAAAUAAGACAAUUUUGGUUACAAAUUAAACACAAAAUGUCUACUCUGCUGGCCACAGUUUUGAAAUAAAUUUUUAAUAAUAACA